AUCAUGUCGAGCACCUUCUUCGGAGCGCUGACGCUGGGCGCCAAGUUCGGCGGCGCCAAGUUCCAGAAGGACAAGCAGCAGUUCAAGCAGCUCGGCAAGUCCACGGGAGCCAAGAAGGAGGACAAGAAGGCGGCGGAGGUGGACGAGCUGGACUUUUUCGGCUUCGAUGCGGUCCAGAAGCCCAAGGAGAAGGCGCCCAAGCCGCGCAAGAUCAGCGUCGACAUGGUGCCCGAGUGGGCCGGCAACGAGCCUGCCAGCAAGCCGCGCAGUGGAGAGGGCAGCAAGCUUCGCCGCAAGCGCAAGCUGAGCGCUGGCGCGUUGGAGGAGCUGCGCAUGGAGGAAGAGGCUCGGCAGCAGGCGUCGAAGCUGCUGGCACCCCCGAAGACCAAGGCUGACAAGCGCAGGGAGAAGCGAGCGCGUCGUCGCUCACGCACCGAGUCCAUGGGCAGCGAGGCUGCGUCGCAGAAGUCGGAAGUGGACGCUGAGUCCGAGUCCGGAGACAGCGAGGAGGAGGACGAAGAUGAAGACGAAGACGAGGAGGAUGCUGUGACUCUGUUCAAGUCAAAUGGCGAAGAUGCGGACGAGGACAUGGCCGAUGCUAGUGCUUCGAAGAAGGCCAAGAAGGAAGCCAAGAAAGCGGAGAAGAAGAGCACUGCUACCGCUGAGCAAGAGGGAGUUCAGAUGCUUCGACGCCAGCUUGGUAUCCGUGUGAGCGGCGUCAGCGUGCCUGCGCCGAUCACUGCGUUCGCUGACAUGCGCAUGGAUUCGAGUGCAAACGCGCAGCAGAUGAAGCGCUUGCUGUUGAAGAACAUCGGGCGCUCGGAGUACAAGGAGCCAACGUCGGUGCAGAUGCAAGCCAUUCCCAGCUUUCUGCUGCGGCGUGAUGUGCUGGCCACAGCACCCACGGGUUCCGGUAAAACUGCAGCGUUUGCCAUUCCUAUUCUCGCGAACUUGGCAGCUGGUAGUGGAACUGGCAGCGGGAUUCGCUCGAUCGUCCUCGCUCCGACUCGUGACCUGGCUGUGCAGAUUCGCUCUGAGUUUACGCGCCUUGCGGCUGGCAAGAAGCUGCAUAUCACGCUGCUUUCCAAGGCUACCGCUGCGACGAUUGCUUCCCAGACCAAGAGCAAGAUGGCAGUCGAUCUUUCGACUGUUGAAAUGGUGUGUCUUGAUGAAGCCGACAGACUACUGGAGUUGGGCUUCGUGGAGCAGGUGGACGAAAUUUUUGCUGCUUGCACUCACGCCAAGGUCCAGCGGGCCAUGUUUAGUGCCACGAUGCUGGAAGGAGUGGAAGAACUGGCCCAGACUGUGCUGCGCGACCCUGUCAAGGUGGCUGUGGGCACGAAAAACGCUGGUGCCAGCACGAUUGACCAGAAACUUGUCUUCGUGGGCAAGGAGGAAGGAAAGCUUGUGGCUAUGAAGCAGCUGCUGCACGACGGACUUCAGCUCCCCGCGCUGCUCUUCGUGCAGAACAAGGAGCGUGCUAACGAACUCUACCACGAGUUGUUGUACGAUGGAGUGAACAUCGGCGCCGUCCAUGCAGACCGUACCAAGGAGCAGCGUGACGACGUGAUUCGACGUUUCCGCACGGGUGAAGUCUGGGUGCUCAUUUGUACCGACCUCAUGAGUCGUGGUAUGGACUUCAAGGCCGUCAACAUGGUCAUCAAUUACGACUUCCCGCAGAGCGCUGUGAGCUACAUUCACCGCAUUGGUCGCACAGGACGAAAUGGCCGCAAGGGCAAGGCUGUCACGUUCUUCACGGAGGACGAUAUGGUGUACCUGCGUACAAUCGCUAACGUGAUGAAGAUCUCUGGCUGCGAGGUUCCCGACUGGAUGCUCUCGCUCAAGAAGGCUAGUAUGUCGAAGAGGAAGGAGCUGCUGAAGGCGCCUCCUAUGCGCCACCGUAUUAACACUGUGUCGGGAUACGAUCUCCAAAAGGCAAACCGUCUCAAGCAGAUGAAGCAGGCGAAACACAAAAAGAGCGGUGGUGAAUCCAACCAGAGCAAGUCACAGUCCGACAAGAAGCAAGACAACUCCACAAAGCCUGCAGGCGAUGGCAAGAAGACGCGCAAAAAGCACAAGAAGAACCCGAAGAGCGACUAGGAAAAACUGGGCAAGAACGGGAGAAGGAGCUUUGCUCUACAGAACAUGCAGUGAUUCGCGUGGAGGAGACGGAAUGCAGAUGCUACUUUUCCUAGUGUAGCCUUUCGUUGAUUUUUACUGUAGUUGCAUAGGAUAAGGAUAGAUACAUACAGCAAUGCACGCUCGUACUGCCU